AUGGCGACCGAAAAGACCGACGACAAGCCCACCGCCACCGCCGCCACCGAGCAGCCCCCCAAGGACACCAAGGCCACCGCCCUCGGCGAGGACGACGAGUUUGAAGACUUUCCCGUCGACGACUGGCCAGAGGACCAGACCGAGGCCGCGCAGGGCUCCAACGGCCAGACCAAGCACCUGUGGGAGGAAAGCUGGGACGACGACGACACGACGGAUGACUUUUCGACGCAGCUUAAGUGCGUGCAACCCGCCCCUUACCCCUUGCGCAACACCGCACCAACCUUGUCGAAUGAGGCGAGGAAAGAACGAAGCUAA